AUGUCCGGUAUAAUGUCACCGCCUAUUAUAAAACAACCACAACCACCACUGAUUAUCUACAUUGAUGGGAUGCCGCUUUAUAUGCACACACACAUUGAACGAGUCAUGGAUGUAUGGAGUAAUGGUAACUGCGAGUAUCAUGUCGUGUCCGGGUUACUCGAUAAAGGAGAGGAAAAUCACACUCUUGUGCGCCAAACACUUAUUUCGGAGUUGACGGUGCAUAGUGAACUCUACACUCGUCUAUAUGUGACUACAGAGAAAUUUAAUAAAGUUCACCAUGCUCUUUCUCCAAGUGUUACCGUUUGCGCACCAGUUGAUAAGUGGAUGGGCUUCCCUGAAAUGGAUCAUCUUAUAGCAAGUGCAUAUGAGAGUGUGUGUAUCGACUUGACGAGGUAUGGGUUUUCAGAAACAUUUUUCCUCUACAGACUCCCCCGCCUGAAGAUCCAUUCGGCCGCAUCACGUGUAUUGGGUACCUUAGAUCACACAAUUUUGUUCAGGUUUAUUUGA